UUUUUGCGGUCUCCCUCCAGCCGCUUGGGGGGAUUCUGCCAUAGCAGCCAAUGCCAUGGCAUCUGCGGCCGGCGCGGGCACCUUCUCAUCUGGGCGCCCUGCUGGGGUCAGGGACGCUGUCUCGUUUGCGACGGGGCUCGGGGUCCGGGGCUCAGGGUGAGGCGCGCGGGCGCGGGCGGGCGGAGCUCGGGCGCGGCGAGGGGAGCGCGGCGCGUCAGGAGGCGGGGACUGGCGCGGGGCCGCGCGGGGCGGAGGAGCGAGGGAAAGUUGAUCGCGGACUUGUGCGGCGGCUGCGGCUCGGAGCAAGACACGAUGCACGGCCAGGGAACACGUCCCACAGCAGCCGAGCGCUGAGCUGCGCAACAGAGAGCGGGCCCCGGGGAUGGAGCACGCUAGUCCGGACUCCCCGUGUGCCCCACACGGGGCAAGCCUUUUCUGAUCUGGCUGCGCGUCUGAAGUUGCAGCCAGCGAGCAGCUCGCGGGGAUCGGGCCGCCCGAGUGGCUCCCAGAGAGACCUUCGCGCCGGCGACGAGAAGCGGCGGUGGCCAAGACUGGAGUAGGUGGCCCGUGGGGGCAGAGUCGGUUGCGAGCAGAUCCCGAGGCGCGGCGCAACGCUGCUCCACCUGCGCACACGGGUCUGGGCCCAUGCUUUUCAUGCUGAGAUCACCAGUUCUCAUGCUUCAAAGGUCUAUGACGCAGGAGCCAUGAGGCACCCCCCUGUCACUUGGUGUGCCAUGCUCUGGCUUCUCAUGCUGGUGUCCGGAUCCUGGGGCCAGGUGAACCGACUACCUUUUUUCACCAAUCACUUCUUUGACACGUACCUGCUCAUCAGCGAAGACACUCCUGUGGGUUCUUCUGUGACCCAGUUGCUGGCCCGAGACAUGGACAAUGACCCCUUGGUGUUCGGCGUGUCUGGGGAGGAGGCCUCCCGCUUCUUUGCCGUGGAGCCUGACACGGGUGUGGUGUGGCUCCGGCAGCCACUGGACAGAGAGACUAAGUCUGAGUUCACAGUGGAGUUCUCCGUCAGUGACCACCAAGGGGUGAUCACAAGGAAGGUGAAUAUCCAAGUUGGAGACGUGAACGACAAUGCACCCACAUUCCACAACCAGCCCUACAGCGUGCGCAUCCCUGAAAACACACCAGUGGGGACACCCAUCUUCAUCGUCAACGCCACUGAUCCUGACCUGGGCGCAGGGGGCAGUGUCCUCUACUCCUUCCAGCCCCCCUCUCAGUUCUUCGCCAUCGACAGUGCCCGAGGCAUAGUCACCGUGAUCCGGGAGCUGGACUAUGAGGUCACGCAGGCGUACCAGCUCACAGUCAAUGCCACGGAUCAAGACAAGACCAGACCUCUGUCUACAUUAGCCAACCUGGCCAUCAUCAUCACGGACGUACAAGACAUGGACCCCAUCUUCAUCAAUCUGCCCUACAGUACCAACAUCUAUGAGCACUCUCCCCCGGGCACGACUGUGCGGGUGAUCACUGCUGUGGAUCAGGAUAAGGGACGGCCCCGGGGGAUUGGCUACACUAUUGUCUCAGGGAAUACGAACAGCAUCUUUGCCCUGGACUACAUCAGCGGGGCUCUCACCCUGAAUGGCCUGCUGGACCGGGAGAACCCCCUGUACAGCCACGGCUUCAUCCUGACGGUGAAGGGCACUGAGCUGAAUGAUGAUCGUAGUCCGUCUGACGCCACCGUCACCACGACCUUCAACAUCCUGGUUAUCGACAUCAAUGACAAUGCCCCGGAGUUCAACAGCUCUGAGUACAGCGUGGCCAUUACUGAGCUGGCGCAGGUCGGCUUUGCCCUCCCUCUCUUCAUCCAGGUGGUGGACAAGGAUGAGGGUCUAAACAGCAUGUUCGAGGUGUACCUGGUGGGCAACAACUCCCACCACUUCAUCAUCUCCCCAACCUCCGUCCAGGGGAAAGCAGACAUCCGCAUCCGAGUGGCAAUCCCACUGGACUACGAGACCGUGGACAGAUACGACUUUGACCUCUUUGCCAACGAGAGCGUACCCGACCACGUGGGCUACGCCAAGGUGAAGAUUACGCUCAUUAAUGAAAAUGACAACCGGCCCAUCUUCAGCCAGCCCCUCUACAAUGUCAGCCUGUAUGAAAACAUCACCGUGGGGACCUCCGUGCUGACAGUCCUGGCAACAGACAAUGACGUGGGCACUUUUGGGGAAGUCAACUACUUCUUCAGUGAUGACCCCGACAGGUUCUCACUGGACAAGGACACAGGCCUCAUCAUGCUUAUAGCCCGGCUGGACUAUGAGCUUAUCCAGCGUUUCACCUUGACUGUCAUUGCCCGGGAUGGUGGCGGUGAGGAGACCACAGGCCGGGUCCGGAUCAAUGUGCUGGAUGUCAACGACAAUGUGCCCACCUUCCAGAAGGAUGCCUACGUGGGUGCUCUGAGGGAGAAUGAGCCAUCUGUCACACAGCUGGUGCGGCUCAGGGCAACAGAUGAAGACUCCCCUCCCAACAACCUGAUCACCUACAGCAUCGUCAACGCGUCCGCCUUCGGCAGCUACUUUGACAUCAGUGUGUAUGAAGGCUAUGGAGUGAUCAGUGUGAGCCGCCCACUGGAUUAUGAACAGAUACCCAAUGGGCUGAUAUACCUAACCGUCAUGGCCAAGGAUGCAGGCAACCCUCCGCUCUACAGCACCGUCCCUGUCACCAUUGAGGUGUUUGAUGAGAACGACAACCCUCCCACCUUCAGCAAGCCUGCCUACUUCGUGUCUGUGGUGGAGAACAUCAUGGCAGGAGCCACAGUGUUGUUCCUAAAUGCCACGGACCUGGACCGCUCCCGGGAGUAUGGGCAGGAGUCUAUCAUCUAUUCGCUGGAGGGCUCCUCACAGUUCCGCAUCAAUGCCCGCUCUGGAGAAAUCACCACCACGUCUCUGCUGGACCGAGAGACCAAAGCUGAAUACAUACUCAUUGUGCGUGCUGUGGAUGGGGGUGUGGGCCACAACCAGAAAACUGGCAUUGCCACAGUGAAUGUCACCCUCCUAGACAUCAAUGACAACCACCCCACCUGGAAGGAUGCUCCCUACUACAUCAACCUGGUGGAGAUGACGCCUCCAGACUCUGAUGUGACCACGGUGGUAGCUGUGGACCCAGAUCUGGGGGAGAAUGGCACCCUGGUGUACAGCAUCCAGCCCCCCAACAAGUUCUAUAGUCUGAACAGCACCACAGGCAAGAUCCGCACCACCCACGUCAUGCUGGACCGAGAGAACCCUGACCCCGUGGAGGCGGAGCUCAUGCGCAAGAUCAUUGUCUCUGUCACGGACUGUGGUAGACCCCCCCUGAAGGCCACCAGCAGUGCCACAGUCUUUGUGAACCUCUUGGAUCUCAAUGACAACGACCCCACCUUCCAGAACCUGCCUUUUGUGGCUGAGGUUCUUGAGGGCACCCCUGCAGGGGUCUCUGUCUACCAAGUGGUGGCCAUCGAUCUGGAUGAGGGCCUGAAUGGACUGGUGUCCUAUCGCAUGCAAGUGGGCAUGCCCCGCAUGGACUUUGUCAUCAACAGCACCAGUGGUGUGGUCACGACCACAGCCGAGUUGGACCGGGAGCGCAUCGCCGAGUACCAGCUGCGGGUGGUGGCCAGCGAUGCGGGCACACCUACCAAGAGCUCCACCAGCACCCUCACCAUCCGCGUGUUGGAUGUGAACGAUGAGACGCCCACCUUCUUCCCUGCCGUGUACAACGUGUCUGUGUCUGAGGAUGUUCCCCGUGAGUUCCGUGUGGUCUGGCUGAACUGCACAGACAAUGACGUCGGUCUCAAUGCGGAACUCAGCUACUUCAUCACAGCGGGAAAUGUGGACGGGAAGUUUAGUGUGGGCUACCGUGAUGCCGUGGUGAGAACCGUGGUCGGCCUGGACCGUGAGACCACAGCUGCGUACACACUGGUGCUGGAGGCUAUCGACAAUGGCCCUGUAGGCAAGCGGCGCACAGGUACGGCCACCGUGUUUGUCACAGUUCUGGAUGUGAACGACAACCGGCCCAUCUUCCUGCAAAGCAGCUAUGAGGCCAGUGUCCCAGAAGACAUCCCCGAGGGCCACAGCAUUGUGCAGCUGAAAGCCACAGAUGCAGACGAGGGCGAGUUUGGACGUGUCUGGUACCGCAUCCUCCAUGGUAACCAUGGCAACAACUUCCGGCUCCACGUCAGCAGCGGGCUCCUGGUGCGAGGCCCAAGGCCCCUGGACAGGGAGCGAAACUCGUCCCAUGUGCUGAUGGCAGAAGCCUACAACCACGACCUGGGGCCCAUGCGGAGCUCGGUCAGGGUGAUCGUGUAUGUGGAAGAUGUCAACGAUGAGGCCCCUGUGUUCACACAGCAGCAGUACAAUCGCCUGGGCCUUCGAGAGACAGCAGGCAUCGGCACCUCAGUCAUCGUUGUCCGAGCCACCGACAGAGACACUGGGGACGGUGGCCUGGUGAACUACCGCAUCCUGUCGGGCGCAGAGGGCAAGUUUGAGAUUGACGAGAGCACAGGGCUCAUCGUGACGGUUGACUAUCUGGACUACGAGACCAAGACCAGCUAUCUGAUGAACGUGUCAGCCACAGACGGUGCACCCCCCUUCAACCAGGGCUUCUGCAGCGUCUACGUGACACUUCUCAACGAGCUGGAUGAGGCUGUUCAGUUCUCCAAUGCCUCCUAUGAGGCAGUCAUCAUGGAGAAUCUGGCUCUGGGGACCGAGAUCGUGCGGGUGCAAGCCUAUUCCAUUGAUAACCUCAAUCAAAUCACCUACCGCUUUGACGCCUAUACCAGCGCCCAGGCCAAAGCCCUCUUCAAGAUAGAUGCCAUCACGGGCGUGAUCACAGUCAAAGGCUUGGUCGACAGGGAGAAGGGCGACUUCUACACAUUGACGGUCGUGGCAGAUGAUGGUGGCCCCAAGGUGGACUCUACUGUGGUCUACGUCACUGUUCUGGAUGAAAAUGAUAACAGCCCACGCUUUGACUUCACCUCUGAUUCGGCCAUCAGUGUGCCUGAGGACUGCCCUGUAGGCCAACGAGUAGCCACUGUCAAGGCCCGGGACCCUGAUGCUGGCAGCAACGGUCAGGUGGUCUUCUCCCUGGCCUCCGGUAACAUUGCUGGGGCCUUUGAGAUUAUCACCAGCAAUGACUCCAUUGGUGAAGUGUUUGUGGCUAAGCCCCUGGACAGGGAGGAACUGGACCACUACAUCCUCAAGAUUGUAGCUUCUGACCGUGGCACUCCUCCACGGAAGAAAGACCACAUCUUACAGGUGACCAUUCUGGAUGUCAAUGACAACCCUCCAGUGAUUGAGAGCCCCUUUGGGUACAACGUCAGUGUGAAUGAGAAUGUGGGUGGAGGCACCUCAGUAGUCCAGGUGAGAGCCACCGACCGUGACAUCGGGAUCAACAGCGUCCUGUCCUAUUAUAUCACGGAGGGCAAUGAGGACAUGACUUUCCGUAUGGACCGCAUCAGCGGUGAGAUUGCUACACGGCCUGCUCCACCCGACCGUGAGCGCCAGAACUUCUACCACCUGGUGGUCACUGUGGAAGACGAGGGCACCCCCACACUAUCGGCUACCACCCAUGUGUACGUGACUAUCGUGGACGAGAAUGACAAUGCUCCUGUGUUCCAGCAGCCACAUUAUGAGGUGGUGCUGGACGAGGGCCCGGACACAGUCAACACCAGCCUCAUCACCGUCCAGGCGCUGGACCUGGAUGAGGGCCCGAAUGGCACUGUUACCUAUGCCAUUGUGGCAGGCAAUAUCAUCAAUACCUUCCGAAUCAACAGGCGCACGGGUGUCAUUACUGCUGCCAAGGAGCUAGACUAUGAGAUCAGUCAUGGCCGCUAUACCCUGAUUGUCACUGCCACAGACCAGUGUCCCAUCUUGUCCCACCGCCUCACCUCUACUACCACAGUGCUCGUGAACGUGAAUGACAUCAAUGACAAUGUGCCCACUUUCCCUCGGGACUAUGAAGGACCAUUCGAUGUCACUGAGGGCCAACCAGGGCCCAGAGUGUGGACAUUCCUGGCCCAUGACCGGGACUCCGGUCCCAAUGGGCAGGUGGAGUACAGUGUUGUGGAUGGAGACCCACUGGGGGAGUUUGUGAUCUCUCCUGUGGAGGGUGUGCUGAGGGUCCGGAAGGAUGUAGAACUGGAUCGGGAGACCAUCGCCUUCUACAAUCUGACCAUCUGUGCCCGAGACAGGGGGGUGCCGCCACUCAGCUCCACGAUGCUGGUGGGAAUCCGAGUGCUGGACAUCAAUGACAAUGACCCGGUGCUGUUGAAUCUUCCCAUGAACAUCACCAUCAGUGAGAACAGCCCGGUCUCCAGCUUCGUCGCCCACGUCCUGGCCAGCGACGCUGACAGUGGCUGCAAUGCCCUGCUCACCUUCAACAUCACCGCUGGCAACCGGGAGCGGGCCUUCUUCAUCAAUGCCACGACAGGGAUCGUCACUGUCAACCGGCCCCUGGACCGAGAGCGCAUCCCAGAAUACAGGCUGACCGUUUCUGUAAAGGACAACCCAGAGAACCCACGCAUAGCCAGGAAGGAUUUUGACUUACUGCUGGUCUCUCUGGCUGAUGAAAAUGACAACCACCCCCUCUUCACUGAGGGCACGUACCAGGCCGAGGUGAUGGAGAACUCUCCUGCUGGGACACCUCUCACCGUGCUCAAUGGACCUAUCCUGGCCCUGGAUGCUGAUGAAGAUGUGUACGCUGUAGUCACGUAUCAACUCCUGGGCACUCACAGCGACCUGUUUGUUAUUGACAAUAGCACGGGCGUGGUGACUGUGAGGUCCGGGGUCAUCAUCGACCGGGAGGCCUUCUCACCCCCAUUCCUGGAGUUGCUGCUGUUGGCUGAGGACGUGGGACAACUCAAUGGCACGGCCUACCUGUUCAUCACUAUCCUAGAUGACAAUGACAACUGGCCCACCUUCAGUCCUCCUGCUUACACUGUCCACCUGCUGGAGAACUGCCCACCAGGAUUCUCAGUCCUUCAGAUCACAGCCACAGAUGAGGACAGCGGCCUCAAUGGGGAGCUGGUCUACCGAAUAGAAGCCGGGGCUCAGGACCGCUUCCUCAUCCAUCCAGUCACAGGAGUCAUCCGUGUUGGCAAUGCCACCAUCGACAGAGAAGAGCAGGAGUCCUACAGGCUGACGGUGGUGGCCACCGACCGGGGCACUGUUCCCUUGUCGGGCACAGCCACCGUCACCAUCCUGAUCGAUGACAUCAAUGACUCCCGCCCUGAGUUCCUCAACCCUAUCCAGACAGUGAGCGUGCUGGAAUCCACAGAGCCAGGCACUGUCAUUGCUAACGUCACUGCCAUCGACCUCGACCUCAACCCCAAACUGGAGUAUCACAUCCUUAGCAUCGUGGCCAAGGACGACACUGACCGCCUGGUGCCUGACCAGGAAGAUGCCUUUGCUGUGAAUAUCAAUACAGGGUCCGUGAUAGUGAAGUCCCCUCUGAACCGCGAGCUGGUUGCUACCUAUGAGGUCACGCUCUCAGUAAUCGACAAUGCCAGCGACCUCCCAGAGCGUUCUGUCAGUGUGCCAAACGCCAAGCUCACGGUCAACAUCCUGGAUGUCAAUGACAAUACACCGCAGUUCAAGCCCUUUGGAAUCACCUACUACACAGAGCGGGUCCUGGAGGGGGCCACCCCAGGCACAACGCUCAUUGCUGUGGCCGCCGUUGAUCCCGACAAGGGCCUUAACGGGCUGAUCACCUACACCCUGCUAGACCUCAUACCCCCAGGCUAUGUCCAGCUCGAAGACUCUUCAGCAGGGAAGGUCAUCGCCAACCGUACGGUGGACUACGAGGAGGUUCACUGGCUUAACUUCACCGUGAGGGCCUCAGACAAUGGGUCCCCACCCCGGGCAGCUGAGAUCCCUGUCUACCUGGAAAUUGUAGACAUUAAUGACAACAACCCCAUCUUUGAUCAGCUCUCCUACCAGGAGGCUGUUUUUGAGGAUGUAGCUGUGGGCACGGUCAUCCUGAGGGUUACAGCUACGGAUGCUGACUCAGGCAACUUUGCUCUCAUCGAGUACAGCCUGGUGGAUGGAGAGGGCAAAUUUGCCAUCAACCCCAACACUGGUGACAUCUAUGUGCUGUCCUCUCUGGACCGAGAGAAGAAGGACCACUACAUCCUAACUGCUUUGGCCAAAGACAACCCUGGCGAUGUGGCCAGUAACCGUCGCGAGAACUCGGUGCAGGUGGUGAUCCGAGUACUUGAUGUCAAUGACUGUCGGCCUCAGUUCUCCAAGCCACAGUUCAGCACAAGUGUGUACGAGAAUGAGCCAGCAGGUACUUCAGUCAUCACCAUGCUGGCCACUGACCAGGACGAGGGCUCUAAUGGCCAGCUGACCUACUCUCUUGAGGGUCCCGGAAUGGAGGCUUUCUCUGUGGACAUGGACUCGGGCCUGGUGACCACGCAGCGGCCACUACAGUCCUAUGAGAGGUUCAACCUGACCGUAGUGGCUACAGAUGGUGGGGAGCCCCCACUCUGGGGCACCACAAUGCUCCUAGUGGAAGUCAUCGAUGUCAAUGACAACCGCCCCGUCUUCGUGCGCCCACCCAAUGGCACCAUUCUGCACAUCAAAGAGGAGAUCCCGCUACGUUCCAAUGUGUAUGAAGUCUAUGCUACAGACAAGGAUGAAGGCCUCAACGGGGCAGUACGCUACAGCUUCCUGAAGUCAACAGGCAACCGUGACUGGGAGUACUUCACCAUCGACCCAAUUAGUGGCCUCAUCCAGACAGCGCAGCGCCUGGACCGUGAGAAGCAGGCAGUGUACAGUCUCAUCUUGGUGGCCAGCGACCUGGGCCAGCCAGUGCCAUACGAGACGAUGCAGCCAUUGCAGGUGGCCCUGGAGGACAUCGAUGACAAUGAGCCCCUCUUUGUGAGGCCUCCUAAGGGAAGCCCUCAGUACCAACUGCUAACAGUGCCUGAACACUCCCCCCGUGGCACCCUUGUGGGCAACGUGACAGGCGCGGUGGACGCAGAUGAAGGUCCCAAUGCCAUUGUGUACUACUUCAUUGCAGCUGGUAACGAGGACAAGAAUUUCCACCUACAACCUGACGGACGCCUGCUAGUGCUUAGAGACCUGGAUCGGGAGACGGAAGCCAUCUUCUCCUUCAUUGUCAAGGCGUCCAGCAAUCGCAGUUGGACCCCUCCCCGAGGACCCUCCCCAGCCCUCGAUCUGCUGACCGAUCUCACCCUGCAGGAGGUGCGCGUUGUGCUGGAGGACAUCAAUGACCAACCGCCACGCUUCACCAAGGCUGAGUAUACCGCAGGAGUGGCCACCGACGCCAAGGUAGGCUCGGAGUUGAUCCAGGUGCUGGCCCUGGAUGCAGACAUCGGCAACAACAGCCUGGUCUUCUAUGGCAUUCUGGCUAUCCACUACUUCCGGGCCCUGGCCAAUGACUCCGAGGAUGUGGGUCAGGUCUUCACCAUGGGGAGUGUGGACGGCAUCCUGCGUACCUUUGACCUCUUCAUGGCCUACAGCCCUGGCUACUUUGUGGUAGACAUCGUGGCCCGAGACCUGGCCGGUCACAACGAUACAGCCAUCAUUGGCAUCUACAUCCUGAGGGAUGACCAGCGCGUUAAGAUAGUCAUCAACGAGAUCCCAGACCGUGUGCGUGGCUUUGAGGAGGAGUUCAUUCGCCUGCUGUCCAACAUCACAGGCGCCAUCGUCAACACUGAUGACGUGCAGUUCCAUGUGGAUAUGAAAGGAAGAGUGAAUUUUGCACAGACAGAGCUGCUCAUCCACGUGGUCAACCGCGACACGAACCGCAUCCUGGAUGUGGACAGGGUCAUCCAGAUGAUUGAUGAGAACAAGGAACAACUUCGAAACCUCUUCCGGAACUACAAUGUACUGGACGUGCAGCCUGCCAUCUCUGUCCAGCUGCCGGACGACAUGUCUGCCCUGCAGAUGGCCAUCAUUGUCCUGGCCAUCCUUCUCUUCUUGGCUGCCAUGCUCUUUGUCCUCAUGAACUGGUACUACAGGACCAUACACAAGAGAAAGCUAAAGGCCAUUGUGGCUGGUUCUGCUGGGAACCGUGGCUUCAUUGACAUCAUGGACAUGCCCAAUACCAACAAAUACUCCUUCGAUGGAGCCAACCCUGUGUGGCUGGACCCCUUCUGCCGGAACCUGGAGCUGGCUGCACAGGCUGAACAUGAGGAUGACCUCCCUGAGAACCUGAGUGAGAUCGCAGACCUGUGGAACAGCCCCACCCGCACCCAUGGAACUUUUGGACGUGAGCCCGCGGCAGUCAAACCUGAAGAUGACAGAUACCUGCGGGCAGCCAUCCAGGAGUAUGACAACAUAGCCAAGCUGGGUCAGAUCAUUCGAGAAGGACCUAUUAAGGGCUCGCUGCUGAAGGUGGUCCUGGAGGAUUACCUACGGCUCAAAAAACUCUUUGCACAACGGAUGGUACAAAAAGCCUCCUCCUGCCAUUCCUCCAUCUCCGAGCUGAUCCACACUGACCUGGAGGAGGAGCCUGGCGACCACAGCCCAGGCCAGGGCAGCCUCCGUUUCCGACACAAGCCACCCACGGAACUCAAGGGGCCAGAUGGAAUCCACAUAGUUCACGGUAGCACGGGCACACUGCUGGCCACUGAUCUCAACAGCUUGCCUGAGGAUGACCAGAAGGGGCUAGACCGCUCACUGGAGACUCUGACAGCCUCUGAAGCCACUGCCUUUGAACGCAAUGCCCGCACCGAGUCGGCCAAGUCCACCCCUCUGCAUAAGCUUCGAGACGUCAUCAUGGAGAGCCCCCUGGAAAUCACGGAACUGUGACGGACAGCAAGGCUUGCUGCUGAAGCAGGGCCAUGGCCGGCCCUUCGCCCAGGGCAGCAGCCUUUGUGAGUGACCCUGGGCUGGCCCUGGCAGCCUGCACAGUUGCUCAGAUUUGCAUCCUGCCAGAAACUGAUUCAGCAUCUGAUCUCUACCUUCAUAAAAUUGGUUAUUUUUUUAAGAAAACUUUAAAAAUGCUAAGUGUCUAAGGACAAGGCAAGGACGAGUGCUGGGGAAGCCCCAGAGACUUAAGACUAGCUCGGCUCUUCCUGAUGCCUCCAAGGAACAGGGGUCCAGCACAGAACUGACAACCCAGCUGACCCACCCCGCCUCAGUUCAAGCCCCACUGUACUUCUGCCUCUGGACAUCCGGGCGGCUCCCUGGCCCUGCACACACACGUGGAUGAGGCAACCAAGCGUCCACCCCAUCUCCCCUCAUCGUCUUGAGGUGCCCAGUUGACAUGACUGAUGUCCCCUGGGUUUUGAAUGUAGAGUGUUUGUGUGUAUCCCUUUUCUAAAUUAAGUUAUCCCCUCAAGAUUUCCUCCAGGUUCUGUUUAACUGAUACUCAGUCAAAGUUUCUGGAAUGCUCUGUUUAAAAAAGCAACUCACCUGGAACCAGCAAUACACUGCCUUGGUGAUGUAUGAAGGUUCUGGGGGAUGGGAGGGAGCCUCUUGGUCAGGAGAGGCUGCUAGGAGCUAAAGGGGAAGUAGGCCCAGAACCCAUUCUCUUCUGAUUGAGGUGUCAAAGAAACACAAGCCCAGAUCUGGUUAACAGAACUUUAUUAAGUCACAGAAACUUUAGUGCAAAACAAAAUCUAGGUCCAUUUAACUGCACAUGCCCAUCCUGCUGGCUGUCUCCUCACCAGAACGAUCCACGAUUCUUACACCCAUGAGGUGAACAAGCAGCUCAACAGAGCUACGGGUACGAAAGGCGUAUGGGACCCCAAACAGCCAGGCAGAGACCCCAUUUCCGGGUCUCACAAACAAAAGAUCAGGCCCACGACUGUCACACGGCACAGGCAAGUUACAUUCAGAAGUUCCCCCUCCCCACCCUACCCCACA